AUGAAUGUGGCAGGAUACGAGAUGGGUACACGUUAUAUCAUGUUUGAGGUGCACUAUGGGGGUGUUUUUAACAGGCAAUGUAGGAUUCAUUAUGUUGGGGGUAAUGUUAGUCAUGACCCAAACUCGUAUGAUGUGCACAAGAUGAAAUUUUCUGACAUAGAAGAUGUGUGUAGUAGAUAUGGCUAUAGGUCUGGGGACCUUGUGUAUUAUAGUUUACCAGGAUUGCCUUUAGACCAAGGCUUAAGACUUGUGUCAUCUGACUACAAUGUGAAUGAAAUGGUUUCCAAACAUUUAGAUCAUGAUCUGGUAGUGUUGUAUAUAGUAAGUUAUGGUGUAGUGGAUGAUGUAGUUGAUGAAGAGGAAGAGGAGGAUUCAGAGAAUGAGAGGGCAGCUGUGUUUAGGAAGGAUGCCUUCUGGGAUUCAGUGCUUAGUGAUGAUACAGAUUGUGUUGAUUCUGAGGAUGAUGUUACUGUUCCUAAUGCAUAUGUGGAUGGGGAUGUUGGGGAUGUUGGGGAUGCUGGUGAGGGUGAUGCUGGUGAGGAUGCUGGUGAGGGUGGGGUUGUGGAGGGUAGGGAAGAAAGUGAUGAUAGUGUAGAGAAUUAUGGUAGUGAUCAUCUAGAAUCACCCCCUUCUAGUGAUGAUGAUAGUACAGUUCACAGAAUCCGUAGGGAUGUAACCACUAGAGUUCCUUUUGAUCCCACUGAUAUGGCUAAUCCGACAUUGGUUGUAGGGAAUACAUUUCAUGAUGCAGCUGAAUUUAGAAAAGCCGUGAGACAGUACAAUAUUAUCAGAGGGAAGGAUCUGAAAUUCAAGAAAAAUGAAAAGAAGAGGAUUGUGGUUGUUUGCAAAGAUACAAAUUGUAGGUAUAGGGUAUAUGGGAGGCAGUUGGAGAAUGAGAUGACAUUCCUUUUAGUAUCCCUUAGGCCCAAACACAGUUGUUCCAGGAAGUACCACAAUCAUAUGGUCACUUCAAGUUGGAUUGCUGAUUGUUGCAUGGAUUCUUUUAGGGAGCAGCCAAACAUGCCCAUAGAUGUGUUGCAAAAAAAAGUGAAAUCCAAAUAUAAUGUGGAUGUCCAUGUCAGUUCUCUGUAUAGGGCUAGGAAAAAAGCAAGAGAAUCAAUCUAUGGAAAAUUUGAUGAGCAGUACCAUCGGUUGUGGGAUUAUUGCUCCAUGGUUAGGAGCACUAAUGUAGGUAGUUGUUUGCUAUUGAUGGUUGAGAGACCAAUGCCUCAGGUGCCAUGCAGAUUUCAGAGGAUUUAUAUUUCAUUGGCAGCCAUGAAGAAUGGUUUUCUUGAAGGGUGUAGGCCUGUUGUGGGUCUUGAUGCAUGUUUUCUGAAGGGAACGUAUAAGGGGCAGUUGAUGUCUGCUGUGGGCAGGGAUGCCAACAACAACAUGUACCCUAUUGCAAUGGCUGUCGUGGAGGCUGAGACGAAGGAUAGCUGGACAUGGUUUCUUGAGGCACUUGUUGCAGAUCUUGGCCCUACUCCACAUGGGUUGACUUUCAUUUCGGAUCGACAAAAGGGCCUGAUUCCAAGCCUAGAACAAGUAUGUCCGCAGUCUGAGCAUCGUACAUGUGUUAGGCACUUGUACGCGAAUUUCAGAAGCGCUGGUCAUCGGGGGGUGCUAUUGAAGGACCUUCUUUGGCGAGCUGCCGCAUCAUACACAAAGAAUGAGUUCUAUGGAGUAAUGGAUGAGCUGAAGAUGGUUAGCAAGGAUGCGCAUGCUUACCUAGAGAAGAUAGAUCCUAACACUUGGUGUAGGGGAUGGUUCAAUACACAUUGUAAGUCCAGCCUCUUACACAACAAUACUUGUGAGAGUUUCAAUUCAUGGAUCAAAAAAUUCCGUGACCAGACAAUCUUGAGCAUGUUGGAAGGAAUUAGAUGUAAGUUGAUGAGAAGGUAUGUGAGGAAGAAAGAGUUGAUAAGUUCAAUGGAGGAGGCCUUAGGGCCAAAGAUUAGGAAGAGGCUAGAAAAAGAAGAGGAUGCAGGCAGUAAUUGUUGGUGUACAUAUGCCGGUCAGGAUAUGUUUGAGGUGGAGUGCCUUGGGAGAAAAUUUUUUGUAGAUAUGGAAGCUGGCACUUGUGGCUGCAGGAAAUGGGAUGUGACUGGUAUUCCCUGUGCGCAUGCAAUUUCUGCCAUUUUACACCAAGGUGGGGAACCAACUGAGUAUGUAAGUGAGUACUAUGGCAAGGAAAAGUACCUCAAGGCUUAUGACCACGUUGUCUAUCCUGUGCCAAGUGAAGAGCAAUGGCCUAGAAGCAGCCAACCAAAGAUUGAGCCACCCAAGGCUAGGGCACCUCCUGGUAGACCUAAGAAAGUAAGAGAUAGGUUUGUUGAUGAACCAAGAAAUCCUAAUACAAUUAGAAAGGGGGGGCAGAAAAAUAAAUGUGGGUACUGCAUGAAAUUUGGCCACAACAAGAGGUCAUGUGUUGCUAGGCAGAGACAAGAUGAAAGAAGGGCACGUGUCAAAAAGUACUACAGGGAUAAUGCAUCAACUGACUGGAAUUUGGACAUGGUAUCUACUCAAUUGCUGAUUAUUGUUUAA